GUAUUGUUUAAUUAUGUGACGGAAAUAAUAAUAAUUAAAUAUUAACAGUGCAGAGAACAAUGGCAGAAAAUGCAUAAAACAAAAGACAGAGUCCUAGCUUUCGUGCUGUUGCGCUCGUGAUGGAUACAAGUCUCGCAGACCGACUGGACAACGUGCUUGCAUGUAUGGAAGAAAAUUUUCUCACUCCAGCAGACUUCAUCAACCACAUUCUCGGAAGCACAGAACACGAGAGCGCAAGAAACUCGCUAACAACGAAGGCAGUUAGAAUAUGUGCUGCCCUGUACAGAGAAGAACAUGCGCACUCACAUGUAACACAGUGGGCAAUAACAAUCGUGCGGGACAUGCUGCGCACUGAGAGGGACCUUGGAGAAUUUGGAGGUGACGACAUUGGAGGAAUGAUGCGCGAAGAAGACGACGUGAAUGAAGAAGCUGAUGACGAGCAAUCAGGAAAACGCCAACGUCGUGCAGCUGAAAGAAACGCUGCGCUGUUAGUCAUUAGAACUGUUGUAAUGAUUAGCAUAUGCCUUCAGACGUCAAAUUCACAGUGCAACCUACUACAAGGAUGGCUGGGGUUCUUCAUGAGGUCAGCGUGUGUCCCCGAGAAAGUUGUUGAAGUGUUCGCCCAUGCGGGUUUGUCAAUUAGCUUGACGUCGAUACACAAUGCUGUCUCGUCAAUAUCUAGAGAGAUUAGCAGCAAAAUCAAGCGUGAGGUUAGGACAUUACAAGCUGGAUUCGCAUACGACAAUUUUGACAUACAAUUCAAAGCUGCCCAGCCUACGCUGGAACAUCGAGGGUCCUUCGUGAGCGCGACGUCAGCAACCGUCAUUCCUCUAUAUGGCAUCAACGACGAUAACGUCGAUGCUCUACGAUCCUCGGCGCAGCUCUGGGAUCGGGAUUCACACAAUCCAUCGCCAUCAGUACUACCUGUGAUGACGGAGUGGAGAAGCUUCCUUCAAUUGCACAAAAACGAUGCUUACAGUCGUCAAACGCAUCCCGUUAGACUGAGCCCUCGCCAGGAAGCAUUUUCUUGGCACGUUCGUGCCAUUCUGGUCAACCAGGUCAAAGAAUUCAAGCAUUUCAAAAAAGAGCUAGAUGAGCCUGAUACAGUCAAAAGAAUCCCUGUGCACAAAACAAAUCAAAUACCUUGUCGGGCAAUGGAUAUCAAGCAGUCCACGACAGACGGGAAUGUUGAAGUUCUCGACAACCUGUUUAGACAAGGAGGUAUUGGCGAUCCUCGCGAUAGCGGGUUUGAUGUGGAGCAUGACGUGGACAUGUCGGAGCACAUCAUGCUGAUCCAUGGUGACCUUUUGACGAAGGAGCGACUGGAUACUGUCCGUAACAGCCGGUGCAUUGAGCAUACACCAAAGAACCGCUUCCAAUACGUGAUUUUCUUACCUGGGUUGUUCCACUAUAAGAUGGCUUGCGCAGAUGCCAUC